GAUUAGAAUAUGUCUGCGUGAAUAUGUGCAUAGCGCCAGAUGAUAGAUAGUCAAGAUGACCCAAAAAAUGAACUAAAUUGACAUAUUUUAGAGUUCAAGGUGUCGAAUGUAAAAUCGUAUUUAUUUUGUGUUGAUUUUUCAUUCUUUUGUUUUGAACAUAAAUAAGAAUAACCAAAACCGAAAAACACGGAACUAAACGGACCAUGAAGUAUUGAAGCGUUUGCUUCCAAAGAAAUCAAAUUCAGUGAAAACCAUGUGCACAACGUUUUAACGUUUAUUUAAAGUUGCAUCGUCUGUAAAAUGAUAUGAAUUCAUGCAAAUCUGUGCGCGGAAAAAGGGGGCAGACACGUAAUCGAAAAAUCUAUUCUAUCCGUAUGCAAUGCUUACGAUGACAGAACCAAUAUAAUUUAUUGUUUUGUUUGUUUGUUUGUUUGUUAGCAAUCAAUUUGAGUUCGUUUUGUUUUUUUAGUCUAUUGUUUUUGUAAUUGUCUAAAUUUUCCACUCAAAACUUUUGGUUCAGUUGAUACAUAUAUCAGUAGUAGAAGACAUAAGAAAAGAAGAAAAAAAGAAAUCUACAUAAGCUGAAUGUAUUCGCAAAACUAAUAAGAGUGCAAUUGCCAAAAUUUAAAUGAGAUCAUCAGUUAGUUAUAUGCUUUCGCAUGGUGGUGGUGAGCCAAGUAUGUCACAUCCAGACUAUGAACAACAAGCUUAUCAUCACUCAUGCCUGUUGAUAUUAAUUCGUGGCAUUGGACCGUCCAAACCACGAUCGUUGCAGAAGAUUUUUGAACGUAUUCAACAUGUGAACAAUGUGAAAAUCAAAGACUCGGUAGGAAAUACAAGAGAUAUUUGGGUUCGUUAUGUACGCGACUAUCCCGUGGAGAAUAAUGAAUGGGGUGAUUUUCAGACGCAUCGUCGUCUGCUCGGUUUGAUAACGGUGGGAAAAUUUGAUUCACAAUCGGAAUUGAAUGAAAUGUGUCGCGUACAUGAAUCCCUCAAAGUGAAAUACACAAAUACAUUGUUCGACUCACGAUGUGUGCUGUUCGCAUCGGCAAACAAUGCAAGCACAGAGAAUGAAGAUCCAGUACUGUUGAGUACCGGAGACUUAAUGCCAAGCGAUAGUGAUAAGCAUAGCUCAAAAAAUAACGAGAAUACUCAAUCGAACGAUGAUUCAUUGGAUAGUAAAAUACUGAAAAAUUCAUUCUCAACUCCAUCAAAUUUCAAAAGCAAUGUCACAUUCUACGCUGAAAAUGGGCCAUGCUCUGACUUGGAAGCGUUUUUAACGGAUUUCAUCAAUUCUCUAUUCUGGAUAUUAGAGAAGAAACGACUGGAGCGUUCGCAUGAAAAAUUGGAUAAAGUGCCACUGUUGCUGGCACCAUUUGAGAAAAAAGACUUUGUCGGUUUGGACAUGGACACACGGAAUAUGCGAAAACGAUGCGUUGGUCGUGUAACGAAAAAUUUGGCCGAUUUAACGCUGCAAGCGGGUCUAGUAGCGGAAAGUUUGAAUCUAUUUCAUGCUGCUUGUGAAACAUUACGUGCCAUCAGCGAUUCACUGUGGCUGGGUGCGGCCAACGAAGGUCUGUGUGCUGCAUCGGCAAUUUUACUGUAUCCACACGUUCGAUACACCAUGUCAUUUCAACGGAAUGCUAGUCUUCAAGAAAAUUCAGCGACAAAAUUGAGCAUAGCCCGUUCAUUGAGCCAGAGCCAGGAGAAUUUAUCCGAACAAAUACUCAACAAGAAAUCCAAUUUAGCCAUUACUUUGGAAACCGAUACUUCACUCAAGGUUAACCAUUUGGCAACACUCACAUCAUCAUCGUCCACAUCGUCAGCAUCAUCGGUUACAUCGACCGUUUCCGGUUCAUCAACGGCAAGUUCGCCAUCGUCAACGAAUCACACCGUUUCCAAUGAUAAAGUUCAGAGCAAUAACAAUCCAUCGAAUGUGCUGCAGCCAAGCGAUUUUGUGGCUAGGUACCGUGAGGCGAUCAUUAAUUACAGCAAAUAUCGACAUGCUGGCAUUAUUGAGACUGAAGCCGCGUUGAAAGCGGCUCGCAUUUGCAUCGAACAGUAUCGUUAUUUGGACGUUGCAGUUUUCCUACAGAAUGUACUCUAUAUCAAUUUGAAUUUGACUGAACAGGAGCGUGUGCAGCGGUUCGAAGUUUUGACUGAACUGUAUCAACGCAUUGGAUUCACGCGAAAAGCGGCAUUUUGCCAACGUUUGGCAUCGUGGCGACACGUUGCACAGAGCAACACAAAUCCCGAUUGGCAUAAAAGUUAUCGGCUAAUGCUCGAAAGCUUUCCGGGACAUAAACUGUCGUUGGAUCCAUUGGAAGUCAUUGGGAAUAAUGCAGGGUGGAAAUGUUUGCAAAUCGAUUUAUUACAGCAGCUUGUGGCAGCUGCGAGGAGGAUCGGCCACUCAGCACUCGCCACACGGCACAUGACAUUUUUACUACAAACUAUGUGGUCGCAUUUAUCAUCGAACGAACAAAAGGAAUUUUCAUUGCAACUUCAGAGCCUGAGCGCACAAUGUGAAGGUGCUCCAGUUCCACUCGUCUUAGAAGACGGCACCGUCAUCCCUCCGGCCAAUCUAACCGAUUUGCCAUUUUGUCAACAGUUAAGGGUGAAGAAUUUGGCAGCACACUUACGACCACACAAAACGACCAUCGUCAAAGUUGACACUGGGCCGUUUCUAUUUACGCCAAUACAUUUCAAUUCAAUUGACCGUCGAUCGAAGAAGAAUGACGGUAAAAUAUCAUUCCAAUGGGUCCAAAAUGAAACGUGUGAUGUAUCUGUGACUUUAAAAAAUCCCCUUCCAUAUGAAUUGCAAGUGUUCGAUAUGCGUCUUUUAACCAAUGGAAUUGUGUUCGAGUCGCUUCCAGAGACAACCGUGCUGUCAGCAUUAUCUGCCACAACGAUUACGUUGCGAGGAACACCAAUCGAGCAUGGAUCACUCGAAAUACUCGGCUACAGUACGCAUACACUGGGUGUAAAAUCGAACUGUCGCUUAAAGCACAUGAAUCAAGAUCGUGAUCGUCUGUCGAAAUUUCCUCCAUCGUUCAGUGUAGACGUGAUUCCAGCUCUUCCAAAGCUUGAAAUCCGAACAUCGUGCCUACCAAUGGAUACAUUAGCUUGUAUUACAAACACUGACAACGUUAUCACGUCAACCAAUAUAACGCUCUAUUGCGGCGAAACGACUGAAUGUACUUUGACAUUGAUAAACAGUAGUAACAUAAUAAUAGAGCAUCUCGAGGAGUCGAUGCAGUCAUCGUUAGAUUCGAAAACACAAGAUUUAGUUUUUUCAUGGUCAUCCGAAGACAUUCAAUCGCAAAUGCCGCUUAAACCAAAUCAAUCGCUGACAAUUAAAUUAAAAAUUGUUGGAUAUGCUGAUUUUCUGGGACCAAUAGCCGGUGGCAGUGCAGCGACUGCACCAUCAAUCAUGUCAUCACAACAUAAUGGCGUUCCAACGGGAAAUGAGGUCUACAACAGUUUGACCGGGGCAAUGAGUGGUCUUUCGGUAUCUGGUCAUACGAGUUUGCCAAGUCGCAUGGGAUCACCGAUCAAUUUACCAAAGAGAAAUGAAUUUAGUUCCAGUUUUCGAUCGAAAACACAUUCCGGGAAUUCGGGGCAUUCGUCUCUAGUCACAUACAGUCAAGGUGCUUCUGGAUCGAAUGCACGCCAACUCGAGGCACAGUUUCGCUUUCGCUAUUCAGGCGGUGAAGGAUUCCAAAAGGGAUUUUGUCGCAAUUGUGCUGUACUGUUUAAUUUGGAAUUUUUGCCAAGCGCUCAAAUCACGAAUUGGGACGUUUUGCCGGCUGAAACAUCUUCGGAGUUCUAUUUGGUAUUGGAUGUGAACAAUUUAACCGCCCAAGAAAUGAUGCUAAACUACACGACGAACAAAAAUAUUGUCAUCGAAGCUCGAGAGAGCUGUCGUGUACCGGUUCCAGUUGAACGUUGUCCGCUUUUUAGGCGCGAUCAACAAAUUGAUGAUGAUAAAGAUCAAAUGAACUAUCACGUGCGGAAGAGUGAUGCCGAUCUGAUGCAACAAUUCUGUUCAAACCACAUAUCUGAUUCAGUGCAAUUGAACUGGUCACUUCUUGGAACGGAAAUUAAAGGAACGGCAUCGCUUCGCGGCAUCACACUGUCAUCGGCUAUGUUGAGCAUUAUUACCGUCGCACCGCUCAAAUGGAAUGUAAAGAUAAAUGGCAAGGAAAUGCCAGCAAUAUCUGAAACCGCCUGUACAACCGGUCAAGACAUUCCCCUUUACAUUGAAAUUGAAAACCAAUCGCCAACAGAACUGAAUGACCUGACGCUAUCCAUUCAAUUCUAUCAAGACUAUCAAAACGGCACAUCAAAAUAUCAACUGGAAACGAGAGUUGCUUUAUCCGGGCCAAAUAAUAUCCAUAUCAAAUCGUUAAAAAUUAAUGAAACCAUUUCGCACGAGUGCUCGGCGAUAUUUUUCACGGCUGGCCGGUUUAAGACAAGCAUCGAAUGCAGUCACCUGGGCUCACUGACCACCGACGAACAUCAUUCAAUCAAUGCGCUAGCCCAAACUUAUGCCUUAAACAUGGACGAUGAUAAGAUUGACGCACAGGUGUGGCGAUACAUUCCAGCGCCGGAAAUAAACGUGGUCGAACAGACAUGAAAAUGCAAUAGUAAACUCACACUCGUUUGACAGACACAAAUUCUAAUGGAAAUGAAAACCAAUUUCAACAACUCUAGACAAAUGUUCUAAAUGGAAAUGAGAUACACGCCAGUGGAGCACAAUUCUCAAAUAAAUGUUUCAUAUUUUGCUAUAGCUAUAGGGAUGUAAUGUAUAUAAAUUAUAUGUGUCACAUCAUUUAUUAUUAUUAUCAUCAGUUUUUUUAAUUUAUGAAUUAUAAUAAACAAAAUUAUUAUUCAAGCAUUUAGCAAUAAUUUAACGGAGCACAAAAUUCCGAAAGGAAAUAAAAAUAAAGUCUAGACAUGUUAUCGAAA